UAUAAUAUAUGAACACACUGAAUGUACACCAGAUGCAGAAGAGUUUUGUGGGUUUGUACUGAAGUUUGAAUGUACACAGGUUGUUUUAUGACUUGAUACCGUGACUAUUUCCUGUAAGUGAACUCUGUGCUGAUACAGGGUUUGAUUUAACACACCGAUGUUGGAGUGAAGUAAACGUGUGUCCUGCUGUAAUCUGGAGGAGACAUGACCUCCAACAUGAGUGUGUCUGGAGACCAGGACUUAAAGAAAGACGAGAGAAUGAUGGAGGGAAAGAGAUCAGACUCACCAGAACCCAGCUGUGUGUCCAUGAAGAGUGACUGGUCAAGGGAACUUCCAUAUAACUUCAGAGACGGAGCCAGUUCUCCUGAUGUGAGACCACAAAAGAAGAAAUCAAACAUCAGCAGAAAUCAGCUGGACUCCAUAUUCAAGGAGCUGGAACACAAAGUCAUCACUCUGAUAAAGAAUGAGCUGAAGAGGUUUAGGAAGCUCCUGAGUCCAGAUUACCCAGCAUGCACUGAGAGGGAGGUGGAGGAUGAGGAGGAUCUGCACAGUGUCAGAGAGGGAGCGCUGAAGAUCACACUGCACAUCCUGAAUAACAUGAACCACACAGAUCUCGCUAACACACUGCACAACAAGUCUGUGGCCCCUGUGUGUCAGACAGAGCUGAAAUCCAGCCUGAGAGAGAAGUUUAAAAGAAUUAAUGAAGGAAUCUCACAGCAUGGAAGCUCAGCACUUCUGAAUGAGAUCUAUACAGAGCUCUACAUCACAGAGGGUUGGAGUGGAGACACCAAUAAUGAACAUGAGGUGAGACAGAUUGAGACAGCGUCCAGGAGACCAGCAAUACAGGAGACACCCAUCAAAUGUAACGAGCUCUUUAAAGACAAGUCCAUCAGAAGAGUGCUGACUAAAGGAGUUGCUGGAAUUGGAAAAACAGUCUCUGUGCAGAAGUUCAUUCUGGACUGGGCUGAAGGAAAAGCAAAUCAGGACGUCACCUUCAUGUUUCCACUUCCCUUUCGAGAGCUGAAUCUGAUGAAGCAGAGAAAUCUCAGUCUGAUGGAGCUUCUUCAUCACUUUUUCCCAGAAAUGAGAAAACUAGAAUUACUAGACUCCUACACAGUGGUGUUGAUCUUUGAUGGUCUGGAUGAGUGUCGACUUCCUCUAAAUUUCCAGAAGAAUGAGAGAUUGUGUGAUGUGACAGGGUCAGCCUCGGUGGAUGUGCUGCUGACAAACCUCAUCAAGGGGAAUCUGCUUCCCUCUGCUCUCCUUUGGAUAACCUCUCGACCAGGAGCAGCCAAUCAGAUCCCUCCUGAGUGUAUAGACCAGGUAACUGAGGUACGAGGCUUCAGUGAUCCUCAGAAAGAGGAGUACUUCAGGAAGAGGAUCAGUGAUCAGAGCCUGGCCAAUAAAAUCAUCACACGCAUGAAGUCUUCAAGAAGCCUCUACAUCAUGUGCCACAUCCCAGUCUUCUGCUGGAUCUCAGCCACUGUUCUAGAGAGAAUGUUGGGUGAAGCUGAGAGUGGAGAGGUCCCCAAGACUCUGACUCAAAUGUUCACACACUUCCUGAUCUUUCAGAUCAAACACAAGGACCAAAAGUACCAUCAGAAAUGUGACCCUGAUCCUCAGCAGACCAGAGAGAGUAUCCUGGCACUGGGGAAACUGGCUUUCCAACAGCUGGAGAAAGGAAACCUGAUCUUCUAUGAGGAAGACCUGAGAGAGUGUGGCAUUGAUGUUGGAGAAGUUGCAGUGUACUCAGGAGUGUGUACCCAAAUCUUCAGAGAGGAGUUUAGGCUUCACCUGGGGAAGGUGUUCAGCUUUGUACAUCUGAGUGUUCAGGAGUUUCUGGCUGCUUUAUACACAUUUCUCCACUUUAUUUUUAGAAAGACAAAUGUGUUAGUGGAGCAACGCACUGGACUUUUCCAUUUCUUCAGCAAGUCAACCAUGUCAGAUUUCCUCAGGAGUGCAGUGGACAAGCCGUUACAGAGUGAGAAUGGACACCUGGACCUGUUCCUCCGCUUCCUUCUGGGUCUCUCACUGGAGUCCAAUCAGGCUCUCUUACGAGGCUUAAUGCCACAGACAGGAAGCAGCUCUCACAGCAAACAGGAAACAGUCGAGUACAUCAAGGAGAAGAUCAGGGAGAAUCCGUCUCCAGAGAAAUCCAUCAAUCUGUUCCACUGUCUGAAUGAACUGAAUGAUCAUUCUCUAGUGCAGGAAGUACAGACUUACCUGAACAGAGGAGGUGAGCGUCGUCUCAGGGGAACCAGACUCUCUCCUGCUCAGUGGUCAGCUCUGGUGUUUGUGUUAUUGAACUCAGAUCAGGAGCUGGAUGAGUUUGAUUUGAGGAAAUAUGACCGAUCAGAGGAAUGUCUUCUGAAGCUGCUGCCAGUGGUCAAAGCCUCCAGAAAAGCUGAGCUGUGGGGGUGUAAUCUGACAGAGGAAAGCUGUAGAGUUCUGUCCUCAGUUCUCAGCUCAAACUCCUCCAGACUGAGAGAACUGAACCUGAGUAACAAUAAACUGCAGGAUUCAGGAGUGAAGCUGCUCUCUGCUGGACUGGAGAAUCCACACUGUACACUGGAGACACUGAGGCUGUGGAGGUGUAAUCUGACAGAGGAAAGCUGUAGAGUUCUGUCCUCAGUUCUCAGCUCAAACUCCUCCAGACUGAGAGAACUGGACCUGAGUAACAAUAACCUGCAGGAUUCAGGAGUGAAGCUGCUCUCUGCUGGACUGGAGAAUCCACACUGUACACUGGAGAUACUGAGGCUGCGGGAGUGUAAUUUGACAGAGGAAAGCUGUAGAGUUCUGUCUUCAGUUUUCAGCUCAAACUCCUCCAGACUGAGAGAACUGGACCUGAGUAACAAUAAACUGCAGGAUUCAGGAGUGGAGCUGCUCUCUGCUGGACUGGAGAAUCCACACUGUACACUGGAGACACUGAGCAUGUAUAAAUGCAGUAUUACAGAUGAAGGUUGUGCUGCUCUGGCUUCAGCUCUGAGGUCAAACUCCUCAUCACACCUGAGAGAACUGAAUCUGAACUGGAAUAAUCCAAUAAAAUCAGGAGUGAAGCUGCUCUCUGAUCUACUGAAGGAUCCACACUGUAAACUGGAGACAUUAUACUGACAUUAACUAUAAUAAACUCACCAGGACAGGCGCAUGAUGGAGUCUCACCUCAAACCUCUUCUCCAGGAUAAAGCAGUUUUGGUGAAGAGUUAGAACCCGUCCCACAUUUCCAGCAGUUUGGGAGCUGAAUCCUUAAACUUAAAGGGACGGGAGCAGAUACAAAGCCAAGAACAGGCAGAAGGUCAUACACAAGAGGAAUCAACACAUGUAAUGAAAUAUCUGCUGUACAAAGCAAUGGCAACAAUCUGCCCCGGGGAUGGAGACUGACGAGCCUUAAGUACACAUCUGGAAAUGUACGGACUGAUCCCAAAGCACGAGGCAGGAGCAGGCAUGUUAAUGGUAAAUGGUCUGCACUUAUAUAGCGCUUUUUUAACCUUAGUGGUUCCAAAGCGCUUUACACUGUUUAACAUUCAUGAGGCUUGUGCCAGAGAGUAGAUGUGAAAGUACAGUGUAAAAUUUCCCUUACAACCUGCCAACCUUUGCUGUGUCAUGAACACAGUGUAUUGGUCAACCCAGGAGAUGAUUUAGAAAAAUGCCUAUGCAACAGUGUGUUCAGCAUGCAUGGAGGCACUGGUCCUGUACAUAGUGUUACAUGAAAUAAGACCAGAAAUAACACAAAUCAAUAUGCUCGUGCGCAUCUCUCUAAUGGCCUGAUGAGGUCCAUGUCAAUUCUUUCAACUGGGACCUUGAAUAAAAGCAAUGGGCGCAAUGGUGCUAUUGGGGUGGCCAGUGGAUUUGCAGCUGAAAUUAGUAGCCUGGUAAAAAUUGCUUCCACAGCUCCUUUUUGAUGCACCAGUCGACUUAACACUACCCAUAUGAGUUGAUGUUUGGGCAAAAACCUAAGCUACCAGUGGAUAGUUUGCUUGAUGGUAGUGAAGAAGGGGAAGGAGCUGGUGCCCAUUCAGACUGGGUGGCCCAACACUAAAAAUAUUUGACCUCCAUUUAUAGCAGUUCCCGAAGGCACUUGGAGACUGUGGUCAUUCACCGUAGGACCAAUUGCCCUGACUCAGUAGCAAUACUACCCCCUGGCACUUUAGUGUAUUGUAAGAAUCAUUUUCAUGGUUGCCGUAAGAUUCAGGAUGUCUGGUGCUCCAAUGUGUGUGAGAUUGUGGCCUACAUUGAUGAAGUGGAAAUGCUGUUUAAGAUCAGACCACAUGGAGAAGAUGGCCCCAUUAAAACUGUCCAUUGUUCAGAACUUAAACUUGUUCUUAACUGACAACAAUAUUCCAAGUAAACCAAUGGGUCAGGUCUACUGGCCCUUUCCAUCCCAGGAGUGAGUAGAGCCAGAAGGACCUAGAAUUGGAGAUUGUUCACAGUGUGGCCAUAGUCCAUAUGAGAACGGGUGUAAGGAACUCUGAGAGUCAAGUCCACGUUGAUUCUAGUUCUCAGCCCUCAGUGCUUCAGUCUAGUCCAACAGGGGUACAAAAUGAUUAUAGGUUCAUGUUUAGCAUCUCAACCCCAGGUGACCACAAGAGAGCAAGAGUUGAAUUUAGAAACUUCUCUAGAUCUUCAUAUAGCUCAGUCACUUGAUCAGUCAGGAAUGGGUUUAGUUUCUAGGCCAUCCUUUAGGCGUUCUACUCAUGGGACUCUCAGUGUUCACCGGGAUGAUGGCCAUUAAAGGUAGGAGUGAAUUUGGCAAAGUUGGUUGGAGGUGCUGUUGUGCAUACCCACUAGAGGGUGAACUGAUUCUUUAUACAUUUAUACUCAUUUUUUAUUCUUUAUCACUUCCUGUCCAUAGAACCAUGUCCAGUGCUUGAAUCCAUUGCUACACUGUGAUUGUUGGUUGCUGGAAGAACAAGUUCUGUUGAUGGCAAAUGUGUGUUAUAAAUGUGCCAACACCAUUUAUACCUACCUGGACAGGUUAUUAUUUCGGGGGUUUGGUAGCAUGUGGUAAUAUGUCUGCAUCGCACUGAUUGUGUGUGGGUGUGAAAAUGGAAAAAAAAAAAAAAAACAACAAUACAAUCAAACCCAUAUGUGCUUGUUGAAUAUCCAAUUAUAGAUUUAGUCCCCCUUUGCUGUUAUAAUAACCUCCACUCUUCUAAGUAAUCUUUCCACUUUAUUUUGGAGCAUGGCCUUUGGGAGGGCAUGGCCUCCUGAAGAAGAGACUAAACGGAGAAACCCCUCAAAACAAACAACAACUGAAAGAAGCUGUGGUAAAAGCCUGGAAAAGCACCACAAAAGAAGAGUGCAACUAUUUGGUGAUGUCAGUGGAUCGGCGUUUGAUUAUGUAUUGCAAGGAAGGGAUAUGCAACCAAAUAGUGUUAUUUACUUUGAUUUCCUUGAAGACUAUCUGUUACGAUAUUUUUGCUCACCUCAAAAUGUUCUAAGUUGUUUAACACAUCUAGAUGUAUAUAUCAGGAAAUUAAAGCUUCAAUUUUGA